CUUUCCCUCUGCUCCUGGUUAUUGAUUUACAUCAGUUACCUAAAUGCAUGAUGUUUAGAAUGAUCCACGGUUAUUUAAGGAGAGUUCCAAAGGUGUUGAUAAUAUAUUUUUGCUGAAACAACAUUCCGGCAACAUGACGGACGGUGGUGAAAACGUUGAAAACACAAAUAACGAUGAGGAGAGGAAUAAUGGCUUGUUUAUUAGAGAUGAAUUUCCGGUGCUAUUGGUAAUAAUAAAAGUAGUAGUAGUAGUGGCAUUUAUGCUACCUUUGGCCGAAUAUUCGAUUAAAAUGAACAUCCGGAAGGAAGCCGGUCAACUACCAAAACCAGUUGAAUUACCGAGGAAAAUUCCAGAACAAAAAAUCCUACAGGUUAAACCAGUGAAAAAAAUCAGUAUAAUUUCGACUUGCCCGAAACCCAGCGACAUCAAAAUUCUAAAGGAUAUUAGCGAUGAGGUGACAUCCUGGGGUACUCAAUGCACCCCCGAAGAUUUCUCCAACAUUAACAAACACAAAAUCCCUAAGAAAAUCCUAACAAUGCCAACAAAAAAAGAAGCCAAAGUUCCAGCCAUCGUGAACUACGCGGUGGGCAUCGUCCUCAUGGGCUCGCUCGCCGCCGCCCUGCUGGAGCUCUACCGCGCCAAGCGGCAGCCGGAGAAGAAGGACGGCAAGAACUCGCUGAGCCGCAAGUGCUCGCUGGCCGAUCUCACCGUCAUGAAGCACCAGCGCAAGGAGAUGGUGCGCCGCGAGUCCAUACUGGAACUACCCGAGGAGAACCUCUACUCCAAACAAUUGGACAACAAACCGUCUACCUUGCACCGACAAAGCUCCUUUCCCGCGCGAUCGGUAGCUCCCUGCGGGGUGUUCCUGCGCCGAAGGCUCUCCAUGCAAACCACCCGGUACGUGCCCGUCGUCGACGGCAGGCCCGCCGCCGUGCUGGAGGGCGGCAGAAGGCACUCCAUAGUGACCGACGGCAGGCAGCCGCUGAUAUUAGAGACCAGGGCGUCCUGCGAUCCGAGGAAGGCUGUUGGCGGCGCGCUGGGUGAUUCACCGGAGAGGAUUUACCACAGACGAGUGCACAGGCAUUGAAAUAUUUAUUGGGUAACUUGUUCGAUGACAAUAAAGGAGUUGUCGAUGAUUGGGAUGGGAUGUCAAUGUUUUGAGUGAUUGUUACGGCUGUAAUUAUUGAUGUUGAUGCAAAAAUCUUGACUGAUUGGAUUUGGUAUUAUUAGGUAAUAAUUGUGGAAAGAGUGGAUAUGACAAUCAUGUAGAAAAUAAUUUAUCACGAGGAAGGGUUGUUAACGAGAAAAGAAUUUAUAUACGUAUUCGAUAUAUUCAAAUAUUUAUACAUUGUAAUAAAAUUUUUAAGUAUAUUUAAAUGUCUGUGCACAAUAAUUAAUCGUAAAAUAGUAUUUGUUAAUAAAAGUUAAUUCGGUGGAUUUUUCCCUUAACUAUUAUCUCGAUACUCUUCAAUUAAAUCCAAAUAAAGAAGAUAUUAUGCCUUAUUAAAUUAACACUUUGUUAACUUCGCCUUUUACCUUCUCUUCUCUUAUUAUAGAAAAUUUUACUAGGAAUUACCUGGAUAUAUUUGUUAAACGAAUUUUUACCAUUGUGAUUUAAACUGUAUGAGAAGUUUAUUCAAUAAAG